AUGACCCCUGUUCACUUUGUUUUUUCAUCAACCUUCCUUCUAGGCCUCACAGGCCUAGCUCUUCACCGAACCCACCUUCUCUCCGCCCUACUCUGCUUAGAAGGAAUAAUGCUAUCUCUAUUUAUUGCACUCUCCCUGUGGACACUUCAAUUAGACUCUACCAGCUUCUCAGCUGCCCCUAUACUCCUGCUAGCUUUCUCAGCUUGUGAGGCAAGCGCUGGCCUUGCCCUACUAGUAGCCACCGCUCGUACCCACGGAUCUGAUCGCCUGCAAAACCUAAACCUCUUACAAUGCUAA